CCAACAGGGCCGUAAACAAUGCUCUUCUUCUGCUGAAGGCUCUUGGAGUGGGGGUGGGGUGGGGUGGAAAGGGGAGGCAGCCGACUGAAGAGCUGGGGGCUGGAGGCCACUGGCUGGGGCUAAAGGCAGCCCAGGAGUGAGGUCGCUCAGCUGGAGGAAAGAGACCGCUCCAAAACCCCCAGGCAGAGGCCCCACAGAGAUGGAGCAGAAGGAGGAGAAGCCCUCUGAGGAUGGGACCACUGUCUCCCCAACCCCAGAGGCCCCUGUGACGCAGGGAAGCGGAGCCUCUGCAGGAGAGGCCAAAGGCACCACCGAGGCGAGCGGAAAAGAGGGGCCCCUGGACGGAGCGGGAAAGCAGGAAAGAGCACCAGCCGAGGACGGCUUCCCAGCUGGAGUUCAGGGAGAAGCCAAUGGGUUGGAUGAGGUCAAGGUGGGAUCCAAAGCAGAGGCUGAACGUCACAAGGGAGAGGGCAGGAAGGAAGAGACCCCAGUGGCUCCUCAGAUGACCGAUGGGAAGGAAGAGACCCAGGCCGACCCCAGGGAGGCUGAGGAAGCGCAGGGGACCGUGCCGGCCUCUGAGAAGCAGCAAGCUGAUGAGAAGGGCGCCAAGCCUCCAUCCAGGGAGGAAGCCGGUGGGAACGAUGAGACCAAGGCUGAGCUCAACCAGGCCGCUGGGGAGCAGGAGGCCAAGAUGGAAGCCAAGGAGGCUGAUGGGAAGGAGGAGGCCACGACAGCCUCUCAGGAGAAGAGCAGCAAGACAGAGGAGCCCACAGCUGAAGCCCAGAAGGAAGCCAGUGCCCCAGAGGCCCCCGCAGACUCUCAGAAGAAGGCUGCUGUGGAAGGGGAGACCGACGCUGAACCUCAGGAAGCUGACGUGAAGAAGGAGGCGGAGCCAGGCAGUCCCAAGGAAGAGCAGGACGGGGGUGCGCAGAUAGAGUCGGAGGAGGGAGCAGGGGUGAUUCCCAGCUCCCCUGAGGAAUGGCUCGAGAGCCCCACAGAAGAGGGCAGUGGCCUCAGCCCAGAUGGGCUGGGUCCAGACUCGGCAGCUUCUGGAGAGACCAGCCCUUCAGCCAGUGAGUCUUCACCCAGCGAUGUGCCCCAGAGUCCCACAGAGCCCCCUCCGUCCCAGGAGAAGAAGAAAGAGAAGGCACCAGAGCGCAGGGUGUCAGCCCCUGCCCGGCCGCGGGGGCCCAGAGCACAGAACCGCAAAGCCAUCGUGGACAAGUUUGGCGGGGCUGCGACGGGCCCCACUGCCCUGUUCCGAAACACGAAGGCCGCAGGGGCAGCCAUUGGUGGGGUCAAGAACAUGCUCCUGGAGUGGUGCCGGGCCAUGACAAGAAACUAUGAGCACGUGGACAUCCAGAACUUCUCCUCGAGCUGGAGCAGUGGCAUGGCCUUCUGUGCCCUCAUCCACAAGUUUUUCCCCGACGCCUUUGACUACGCAGCGCUGGAGCCCACGCAGCGCCGGCACAACUUCACCUUGGCCUUCGACACAGCAGAGAAACUGGCCGACUGCGCCCAGCUGCUGGAGGUGGACGACAUGGUGCGGCUGGCGGUGCCUGACUCCAAGUGCGUCUACACCUACAUCCAGGAGCUGUACCGUAGCCUUGUGCAGAAGGGGCUGGUGAAGACCAAGAAGAAAUGAGGAGCGGACCGGCCCUGUGGGUGGAGGUGGACAGAGUAGGGGCCUGGGCCCAGGCAGGUGGCACCAGUCUUAAAUGCAUUAAAAGUCCUUUUAUAAAAUCCUGUCUGCCCCCUCGGUGCACCUCCCCCUCUCCCGCCCCCCGGGGACCUCGCUCCCUCUGGAAUGAUAAACCCCUGCCGGCUGCCAGGGUUCCUCACCUGACAAGAUCUCCUUAACAACCAGGAUGCCACUUGGGAAAAGACAGUGGCCUGGAUACCACCCCCUCCAACUCCUUUCCCCCACCCCCCACCAAUAUGCAGCUGUGUGACCUCGGGGCAGUGAAUUAACCUCUCUGAGUCUCAGCUUCCGGUCUGAACAGACCUGAUGGAGGUGGAAUGAGAUAAUGAAAUGAGCAAACAGCCUCACCGGGAGCCUGUCCCCUUAGUGUUCCAUAAGUGAGUCCCAAAGUGAGUGCAUUUGUACAUCUGAGUUAUUGGUGGUGCUUUUCCUGAUUCUCUUCCCUCUUUCCACACUUCUCCCAGAUUAGGUGCUGGGCUAGGAGAGUCUCUGGAAAUCUCAAGCUAAGUUAGCAGGGCCCGUGGAGACACCUGCACUCAGUUUCUUACAAGCAGCGGCUUUCCAGAAGCUUAGAUGGCUGCUCCCUGAAGGUCCUUCCUUCAGGUUAAGUUAAUCCCUCCAGCUCAGGCUGAAGUUCUGGCUUGUUUCUGCUUUUCUAUCAUUCAUUAGAGAUGCACCCCUGAGCUGCUUAUAAUUUCCUGCUAACAGGCCUGUCUGACCUUAUCAGCCAUUCCGAGCAUGUGCGCUGACAAGAACAGCUCAUGAGAGGGGUCCCUGGGUGGCUCAGUGGAUUAAGCCUCUGCCUUCAGCUCAGGUCAUGAUCUUGGGGUCCUGGGAUCG